AGCGUGUGUGCAACUUCCUGCCACCGAGGGAACAGUACAAACCAACACUCGCUUCUCCUUUCUCCUCUGUGGUCUCGGGCUGGCAGGGAGCCCCAGAUCCCCGUGGCCUCAGCCAGCUUUCCCAGCCCUACAUGGGAGGAGAGAUGCCCUGGACCAUUCUGCUGUUUGCAUCUGGCUCCUUGGCCAUCCCUGCACCGUCCAUCUUCCUGGUGCCCCCCUACCCAAGCAGCCACGAGGAUCCCAUCUACAUCUCAUGCACAGCCCCAGAGGACAUCCUAGGGGCCAAUUUCACCCUGUUCCGAGGGAGAGAGGUGGUCCAGCACCUACAGGCCCCCUCAGAUCGGCCUGGUGUAACAUUCAAUGUGACUGGUGGUGGCAGCGAGGCUGCUGGGGGGAACUUCUGCUGUCGGUAUGGUGUGAUGGGUGAGCACAGUCAGCCCCAGCUGUCAGACUUCAGCCAGGAGGUGCAGGUCUCCUUCCCAGUCCCCACCUGGAUCUUGGCGCUCUCCCUGAGCCUGGCUGGAGCUAUCCUACUCUCAGGGCUGGUGGCCAUCACAGUGCUGGUGAAAAAAGCUAAAGCCAAAACCUUACAGAAGCAGAGAGAGCGUGAAUCCUGCUGGGCUCAGAUCAACUUCACCAACACAGACAUGUCCUUUGAUAACUCUCUGUUUGCCAUCUCCUCGAAAAUGACUCAGGAAGACUCAGUGGCAACCUUGGACUCAAGGCCUCGAAGGAGGCCCACCUCUGCAUCAUCCUCUCCGGAGCCCCCUGAGUUCAGCACUUUCAGAGCCUGCCAGUGAAGGUGAAGAAUGAGGACCUCUUUAUCCAGUUCUUUCCCUCCCACUGCCAGAGGCUGCAGAGACUUGGCAGUAGGCAGGAGCCAAGCCACAGCUUUCCUAGGGAAGGACUGGCCAAAGGAAGGGGACUCCUGGUGUUGUAACUUUCCUCACAGAAGACAAGAAAAUUAGUUGGGUUAUCAGCCUAGAGGGUAAACAGGGGCCAGAACCUCUUUGUAGACUCCCAGAUCACCAGAAGUGUCACUACUGAAUCAGAACACCCAGCCAGGCAUAAGAGGUCUACAUUCUGUACCUCCUUUCCAGUGCUUCCCCAACUGCAACUGACUUCCAGACUGGGUGUUUUUUGCAGGAGAGAUGUGUGUAUUUUUGUUGCUGUUGUUGUUUCUAGAUAGGGUCUCACUGUGUAGCCCUGGCUGUUCUAGAACUCACCCUGUAGACCAGGCUGGCCUAGAACUCAAGGACUGCCUGCCUCUGCCUCCUGAGCACUGGGAUUAAAGGUAUGAGUCACCACUGCCCGGCAGGGUGUGGUUUUAAAUGACAGCUUCACUCUGUGGCUCAGGCUGCCUGAGAUUAUGUGCUUGCACCAUUGGAUGGGAGGGAUGACUUCGGAAAGGGUUGAGUCUUUUGUGAGUCCUGCAGAGGCCCAGGAGAGGGUGAAUAAAUUAGAGGUCUCAGAGGCCUAGCAAAAGU